UUCGGAGCUUGCGUCAACUAUAAAAGUAAACGCGGAUAAUUCUGCCAGACCAGUGGAUGCUCGAUCUUCACGAGUAAGGGAUAAAGCGGAACACAAUGUGGCUAUUUUACGUAAUUCUUGUUGCCGCGUCCAGCGGAUCGUUGGUCGUCUUCGCACAGGAUGACCAGCUCCCAUCUGCGCGUCCAAUGGACAACGCUUUCGUAGUGGACGGAUUCGUUUUCGACGGACCAGCGUCAAGGCCAACAAACACACCUUCUGCGCCAACAGGAGGCACAACAGGAAGAUCAACUUCGACGACAACCUCGACGACAGCUUCUCCAGUGUCGGAUGCUGAAUUCGACGCUUGCGUUGCAGCCUGUCCGGCGACGCCGGAAUACAAUCCCGUUUGCGGAUCGGACAACGGGGACUACGAUAAUCCGGGACGACUGAGUUGUGCGGCAGCGUGCGGCCAGAGAGACAUCACCGUGAAGUAUUACGGGCGCUGCAUGACCGACAAGAUCAGAGGAUAACUUCUGGACAAAUAGGACGCGUUCGAUCAACUUAGUUCGCAUAAUUUCGAACGAAAAGACUGUAUUAGUGUUUAAUUAAAAGAAGUUAUUAUUUUUAUCA